AAAGGGAGGAAAAAAAUCAUGAGGCAGUUGGAGAAGUUGUCGGCUGAGGAGACGUUGCAGUUCCUCCAUAAAGUAGUUGAUGGAGUGUGUGGCCGCGCAUAUCCUCGCUACCAAGACUACAACACAGUUUGGAAUUUGACGGAAUGGAUGGAAGUUUUAGAGCAAGCUGCCACAUAUUUUAAAUCCACGGUUGGGAAAGAUCUCUCUGAUGAAGAGGCUCUUCAGCAGUUGAGUGACCUGAGUUCUGAUUCUCAAAAAACAGUAGUGACUUGCUUGAAAGGGAGAAAGCCGGAUAUCAGGCAGGCGCUGGUUGAGAGAACAAAUGCCAUCUCUUCUGCACAGCUACAGGAUUUUGACUGGCAACUAAAGCUUGCCCUGUCUAGCGAUAAGCUCUCAAUGCUGCAAAUGCCGCUUCUGAACCUUGAUCUGGAUGUGUCGGAGAAUGGUGACAUGAAGCAGUAUUCUGUAGAAAUGAAUGAGGAGGAGCUACAAAACCUGCUCAGUGCAUUGGAAGCUGCUAAUAAAGUUGUCUUGCAGCUGAAAUGAUAUGAACUGUCUGGAACGCUUGUCGGUGAUGAAGAAAUUGGCCUAUAUUCCACAAAAGUCCAAGGCUUUGUGCUUUUGAAGUCUAUACAGAAAGGCGAUGGGAGACCAUGAACUCCAUCAAACUCUUGCUGAGAGUCUCACUCCUGAUCUACACAGAACCAAAACAAACAAACACAUUAAAACUAAUUUAUGGCAAAUGAACAGGAACACAGCUUUGGUACUUUGCUGCAGCAUCUAUAAAACGUCACCAGUGCCAAGUUUGCAAGCUCAUUGGAGACCCUGGAGAUAUAUUGGCCGUUGCCUUCCUGCACCACUAGCAAGCAGCAGCAGGUUACCUCCUCAGUGUGGACAUCCCGUGUCUGCUUUGCUCAGUAUUCAUGGAUCAGCGCUGCAAAACAUUUUUCAUAGGCAAAAUCAAUAAACUGCAUAAGAAAUGUG